AAGCGCGCGGGGGGCCAGCAGGGGGCGCCGAAGCGCAGCCCCUGUCUGGACGAUGGCUGGUGGGGAUGGGAUGCUGCGCCGCCUGCUGAGGCUGCACCGCACCGAGAUCGCAGUGGCCAUAGACAGCGCCUUUCCGUUGCUGCAUGCUCUGGCCGACCACGACGUGGUCCCUGAGGACAAGUUCCAGGAGACACUCCGGCUGAAAGAGAAGGAAGGCUGCCCCCAGGCCUUCCACGCCCUGCUGUCCUGGCUCCUGACUCGGGACAGUGGGGCCAUCCUGGAUUUCUGGAGGGUUCUCUUUAAGGACUACAAUCUGGAGCGGUACAGCCGCCUGCAUACCAUCCUGGACGGCUUUCCAAAAGAUGUGGACCUUAGCCAGCCUCGGAAAGGGAGGAAGCCCCUUGCUGGUCCCAAGGCCUCAGUAGUGCCACCCAGACCCCCCACAAAGAGAAGAGCCCUGGAAGAGCCUCGAGCCACCCCACCAGCAACUCUGGCCUCAAAGAGCAUCUCCAGCCCAGGUUCCCACUCAAAGGCCAAACCCCCUAAGAAGCCAGAGGGCAACUUGGAGUCACAGCGCCUCCCACUGGGAAACGGAAUCCAGACCAUGGCAGCUUCCGUCCAGAGAGCUGUGACUGUGUCCUCCGGGGAUGUCCCAGGAACCCGAGGGGCUGUGGAAGGGAUCCUUAUCCAGCAGGUGUUCGAGUCAGGAGGAUCCAAGAAGUGCAUCCAGGUUGGAGGGGAGUUUUAUAAACCCAGCAAGUUCGAAGACCCCAGUGGCCAUUUGAAGAACAAGACCCGAGGUGGUAGCAGCCUAAAGCCAGUGAUCCGAGGAAAGGGAACCCAGGGUAGAGAUGAGCAGAAAGUGAGCCAGCAGUGUGGGGUCCCUCCCCUUCCACCUCUUCCCAACGAGCCACAAGUUCACCAGAAGAACGAGGAUGAAUGCGCUGUGUGCCAUGACGGAGGCGAGCUCAUCUGCUGUGACGGCUGUCCCCGAGCCUUCCACCUGGCUUGCCUGUCCCCACCUCUGCAGGAGAUCCCCAGUGGCCUUUGGAGAUGUUCGUGCUGCCUCCAGGGCAGAAUCCAGCAGAACCUGUCCCAGCCUGAGGAGUCCAGGCCCCUGGAGCCAUCUGCAGAGACUCCGAUUCUCCUGGGACUGAGGUCAGCUUCCGAGAAAACCAGGGUCCUGUCCAGGGAGCUGCCAGCCAGCUCAGAUGCUGCAGUCACAUAUGCGAACCUGCUGGCCCCACCUUCCACAGCCCCUGUUCUGGAGCCUUCAGCACUCUGCCCUCUACCGAGUGCUGGGGCUGAAGGGCAGCCGGGCCCGACACUGAGCGCGCGAUGCGGUGUGUGCGGCGACUCCACCGACGUGCUGCGGUGCGCACACUGUGCCGCUGCCUUCCACUGGCGCUGCCACUUCCCAUCGGCUGCUGUCCGGCCAGGGACCAAUCUCCGCUGCAAGUCCUGCUCGGCAGAACCGACCCCCACGCCAGGCGUGCCAGGCGAGGCUGUGCCCACCUCUGUGCGUCCUGCACCCGGGCUUGCCAAGGUAGGGGACGACUCUGCUAGUCAUGACCCUGUUCUGCAUAGGGAUGACCUGGAGUCCCUCCUGAAUGAGCACUCCUUUGACGGCAUCCUGCAGUGGGCCAUCCAGAGCAUGUCACGCCCGCUGGCCGAGACACCACCCUUUUCUUCUUGACUCCAGGCAGCAUAGCACCGGCCCCCACCCCACCCCAUCGGAUGACGCCUUCCACCUGCAGCCCCUCCGUUCUGAGAGGACUAGGCUAGUUAGGACCAGGAGCUGCAGGACUCAGCUGGCAGACGGCCCUGGUCUUUGUGGAGACGCAAGGCCACUCUGUGUCUUGAAAUUAAAGUCACUUCUGUGUGC